UUUAAAUACUUAUAAGUAACGAAUUAGAACUGCAAUCAAAAUAUGUCGAACCUACAAAGCAGCUUGCAGAAAGAAACACAACACAAACGCUUUGUAACAUUUACAUCGAGAUGGCAAAAUUGUUCAGUAAAUGAAUACUAUAGAAUUAAUCGAAUUUUGUUACUAUGUACUGGCUUAUGGCCACUUCAAAAAUCUAUUUACAGAAAUACUUUAAUAAUAUCUAUAACCAUAAUGUUUAUAUUGGGGCUAGUAUUCCAGCUAACGAAUUUCAUCACUACAGAGUGUGAUAUGAAUUUUAUUCUACGUGUUCUUACGUACACUAUCCCAUGGAUAAUUCAUAUGUUAAAAUAUAAUGCUUACUCUUUAAGUAUAAGAAAGUUACAAGACCUUAUGGAACAAAUACUUUAUAAUUGGAAUAAAUUAAGCAACGUGCAAGAAAUUAAAAUAUUAAAACAAUACGCGAAUUUUGGAAGAUACAUCACAUUGAUAACAACAUGUAAGCAAUACCUUGAAUAAUUCUUUUAUACUAUAGAUUUGAUUACUGCGAUUAAGACUUAAAUUAUUCAAUUACAGUGAUCAUCUAUAUAUGUACAUUUUGCUUCAUUUUGAUACAAUUAAUAUCAAAUAAUCUUUUGGAUAUUGCAAUCAGUAAAAAUGAAACUCAUUUACGACAACUUCCGGUUCUUAUAGAGUGUUUUAUAGAUCAACAAAAAUAUUUUUUUCCACUUUUACUGAUAAUAUGUUUUUUCGCCACGUAUAGUAUAACUACAGUGAUAGCAACCGAAACGCUUAAUAUAUCAUUCACACAACAUGCGUGUAGUUUAUUUGAAAUAGCCAGGUAAAAUAAAGCUAUAUGCUUUAAGAAAUGAAUGAAUUGAUUUUAAUAGCAACAUAUUACAAUUACGUUAUCAAUUUUAGUUACCGCAUAGAACAAGCGUUACUCAAAGAUACGGUAACAGGUAUUGCAUCUUCUAUGCAAAGAAAUUUGAUAAUAUGUCAAGGGAUAAUCAACGGAUUUAAUAUGUACAAAAACGCAAUCGAGUUCGUAAUUAUGUAUAAUUACAAUUUACUGUAUUAUCUAUUGAAAUUUAUAUUCAAACCUUCUAUAAUAUUUUCCUCCCGAUUUCUCUAUAAU